CUGGGGGUCCUCAAGAUUCUUUUCAGGGUUCUACUUUGUGUCACAAUAGCUUUUUCUUUUUUAUAUUUCCCAACCCCUCCUUUAAAUCUGCUUUCCAGAUGGAUCUGCUAGGAAAGCCCACCUGGAUGUGUUCACUGCUGCUGAGUCUUUGCAUUGGAUUUACUUUCUGCUCCAAAAAGGCUGCUACCCCUAGGAGACAAGAACGACUGGGACCCCCACUGGACAUCAAUCUUGAAGCCAUAAACUGCACAGCAUUCAGUGUACAAUGGAGAAUGCCCCGGCAACAUGCAAGCACCAUUAAUGGCUAUACUGUUUUCUACACGGAGGUAAUUAACAGUAAACAUGUGAAACAGCUAACUCAGGAUGUUCCCCUUAAAUUGGAUAUGUUGAACUUGGGGCAACUAGAUGCAGUGGAAACAUUUAAAGUUGUCCUUGGUGGCCUCCAGUCAGGGACUCUGCAUCGGGUUAGCGUUGGAGCCUACAGCUGGGCAGGAAAGGGAAGAGCCAGCAUGCCAAGAGAUGUGUCCACUUUAUCCCAAGAUAAGUGCCAAGUACCUGACCCCCCAGCCCAGCCCCAGCUUGUGGUUGUGUCGGAUGUGGAGGUCGCUAUUUCCUGGAAACCGGGUGCCAGAGAGGGCAGCUCACCCAUUCAGUACUAUACUUUGGCAUAUACAAGGCCAGAUCUGGUCAGUGAUUGGGUUGCCAUAACAGAGCGGGUGCAGAUGGACUCGAUGGUUCUGAAAGGAUUAAUUCCCGACACCAAAUACCAGUUUGCGGUGAAGGCAGUGAACGCCUUUGGAGAAAGUUUACUCAGCAUUCCUAGCGAAGUUAUCAGGACAUUCCGCACAGACGAACUGGGAUCUGGAGGCUACAUUCACAGUUAUGUCACAGAGCCUAAGAUAGGUGACGACAACGGAUAUGACAUUGAUGAUUCCGAUUAUGAUAUCUAUAUUGAUGACGUGAAGCCACUUACUUCGAACAAAGAGGGCAACAAAAAGUUUGUUAUCGAAACCAAAGGGACACCUGGGACAUAUACUAAGAUAGUUCCUUUAAGAACUACCACCACUUCAUCACCAGUGAAAUCCGCCACUACCAGAAAGACAUGGCUAACCACUCCCACAACAACAAGCACCACCCCCUUACCUGCGACCACCACAGUAAGAGCAACUGCCAAACCCACCAGGAGAGUCAGUGUGAUGUCUCCUCCUCGGCUGUUUGACCUGACUUGUGAGGAAACGGUUUGCCCUUUGGACAGCUUCUGCCUUAAUGACUAUGAUCGCGGAGGCUCACGGUGCCACUGUAAUCUUGGAAAAGGAGGGGAGACUUGUGAGGAGGAUAUUAACGUACAAUAUCCUCAAUUUUAUGGCCACUCCUACAUGACCUUUGAACCGCUGAAGAAUUCAUACCAAACAUUUCAGAUUACUGUGGAAUUCAGGGCUCAAGGUGAUGAUGGCUUACUGCUCUACUGUGGUGAAAAUGAAUAUGGCCGCGGAGACUUCAUGUCAGUGGCCAUAAUUCGCAGGAGUGUACAAUUCCGCUAUAAUUGUGGUACUGGGACUGCUAUUAUUACAAGUGACAGCAAAAUCAAACCAGGUACCUGGCAUGUUGUGACAGUGUACAGAGAAGGUCUGAACGGGUGGAUUAAGCUUGAUAACAGCACUCCCGUGUCCGGGAAAUCUCCGGGUCAGUACAGUAAGAUCACCUUUCGAACUCCCUUAUACCUGGGUGGGGCACCAAGUUCUUACUGGCUGGUGAAGUCAUCAGGGACCAACCGGGGAUUUAAAGGCUGCAUCCAGUCCCUGUCUGUAAAUGGAAGAAACAUUGACAUGAGACAGUGGCCACUCGGAAAGGCACUCAGCGGGGCUGAUGUUGGUGACUGCAGUAUUGGGGUGUGUGAUAAAGUUUCCUGUGUCAAUGGAGGAACCUGUACAUCGAGGUCAGCUGACUCCUACAUGUGCCUUUGUCCUAUAGGAUUCCAGGGCCGUCACUGCGAGGAAGCUUUCAUCCUGGCUAUCCCUCAGUUUAAUGAGUCAAGCCGCUCCUUCGCUUUGACAAGGUGGCCAUUUGAACCUCACCAUUACCUUUCCUUCAUGGAGUUCGAUAUGACCUUCCGGCCAGAUUUAGAAGAUGGGACCAUUCUCUACAGCUAUGACACAGAUAGCAAAGAUUUCAUUUCCAUCACCAUGGUGAAUGGUUAUGUGGUAUUAAGGUUUGACUGCGGAUCUGGAACAGCCGUGAUAAGAAGCGAGAAGCCGGUAAGCCUGGGCCAGUGGCAUGAACUGCGAGUUUCUCGGACAGCUAAGAAUGGCUUGCUACAAGUGGACAACCAGAGACAAGUAGAGGGAAUGUCUGAGGGGGGAUUUACCCAGAUAAAGUGUAACCCCGACAUCUACAUUGGGGGAGUUCCUGAUUAUGACACAGUGAAGAAGAACUCCGGUGUAAUGCGACCAUUCAGUGGCAGCAUUCAGAAACUUAUACUAAAUGACAGGAUCAUGAAUCUGGUGACUGGCUUGGUUUUUGGAGUAAAUAUGGUCAAUGCAGCCCAUCCCUGCGCCAAUGCACCCUGUGCCAACAGUGGAAGUUGUAGACCCAAACAUGACAGCUAUGAAUGUGACUGUCCGCUGGGAUUUGAUGGCAAGAAUUGUCAGAAAGAAUGUGGAAAUUACUGCUUUAAUAUCAUUACAGAAGCCAUUGAAAUCCCGCAGUUUAUUGGACGCAGUUAUCUUAUAUAUGACAGCCGAGAAAUUCUUAAACGAGUUUCUGGAUCUCGUACAAACAUCUUCAUGAGAUUUAAGACAACCGUGAAGGAUGGACUGCUCAUGUGGAGAGGCGACAGCCCCAUGAGACCAAACAGUGACUUUAUUUCACUGGGCCUUCAGGAAGGGACUAUAGUUUUUAGCUACAACCUGGGCAGUGGAAUGGUCUCCAUAAUGGUGAAUGGAACAUUCAAUGAUGGACGUUGGCACCGGGUCAAGGCUGUGCGGGAUGGACAAUCGGGAAAGGUGACAGUGGAUGACUAUGGUGCCAGAACAGGAAAAACUCCAGGAUUGAUGCGACAGCUAAACAUUAAUGGGGACCUCUAUGUUGGUGGAAUGAAGGAGAUUGCCCUACACACAAACAGACAGUACGUUGGAGGCCUCAUAGGUUGCAUCUCUCACUUCACCCUCUCCACUGACUACCAUGUGUCACUGGUGGAAGAUGCAUCGGAUGGGAAAAACAUCAACACUUGCGGAGCAAAAUAGGAAUGAACACUAACGUGCUUGAAGCCACUCGAGGAACAAAGAAGACUUUGCACUGUAAGGACAAUCUGCAAUCCGUGUCAUUCCAAAUAUGUUUCAAGAACAACCACAACCAAAAAAGAAUCUACCAGAUGUUUCUGUUUGUAGGAAAAGAAAACUUGAACUAAUUUCUAAAGUCUCCAGUAGUGUGGGAUUCAGAAUGUGACUAACGAGAGAUAUGUGUGCCUUUCUCUC